AUGGCGGCUUGCUCCAUCGCCAAUGUGAAGGUAGUGGAUGGCAAGGAUCGUUGCAGAGUAGAUGAGGACUUCGUGUUUGAGGUGACAUUGGAUGUAGCAGAGCCUCUCAAAGAGGAUUUGGUUUUCCAAUGCGUGUACAUAACUCAUGGUUCAGGUGAUGAAGUGGAGUUAGAGUCCAUCGAUGUGGGCGAUGGACCGGGGUUGCGACAGGGCUUCCUGAAGUUCAACUUUGAGUCUGCCCCUCCUUCGAAAGAAGAUCGAGAGGCACUCUUCGGGAUACUGGCAGAUGGUUUUCAUGUGCUAGUUGCAGGCCUCUACCUGUCUGCCUCGUAUGGAGGAAAGGAGUUCUGCCGGGUUGGCUACUAUGUGCGAUACGAGUAUGACGAUCCUGAGCUCCAGGAGAACCCCCCAGAGAUGGUUGAUUGGAAUCGUGUCCAUCGAGUGCUGAGCGCACCUCGCGUGACCAAAUUUGUGAUUCCUUGGGACGCCAUGGAGGAGUUGGAGAAUGCUGAUGCAAAACAAUACAUAGAUCCUUUUGUGAGGACUUGUUGGACUUGA